AUGCCAGUCCAGCUAUUACCGGCCUCGGCCGCCGCCUUUGCCCCAAGAGCAUCUUCCGUCAACGUCGUGCUGGGUUCCAAGGUUGAGCCAUGGUUGACCAAGACACUGAAGCGCAUCAACAAAGUCAAGAGGCCUCUCAACAGCGUACCCCAGCACACAAAAUGCUUGACUGAGACCCUGUCCUCACCGAAUGCCAUCUGGAUCCUGGCUUCGCUCAUGCUCCCCAAGGCUCCCGAAGACAAACUCAAGAACGACUCAAACCCGUUGGUUGAGGCCAUCUCCAACUACCAGCUUAUCCACCUGGAGGCUUACAUCGUCCACGUCGACAUGGUCCUGAGGAACGAGGUUGCCUUCAAGCUUACCCCCGACACCAUCGAGUCGCUCAUCGAGUACCACAAGGACGUCCACUGCCCCAAUACCAAGGCCAGUACGUACGACUGGUCUGAGAAGGAUCAGCAAUGCAAGAAGCUUCACGAGGACUUUGUUCAGGCCAUCAACAAGUUUGUCUUCACCACGCACGUGACGGCUUUGGAAGGUCUCGAAGAGGAGGGAGCUGGAGAAUUGCUGGAUGGUAGGAGCGAGGAUGUCAAGAGUGCCGUCAUGAACCUCUACAAGCCGCUGCUGCCGCCUCCGCCUAGGAUCGUCGAUGUCGUCCGUCAGCCUCCUUUGUUGCCCAGCUCUCCCGCCAACGUUAGCAGGUGGUCGCAACCCACAACGCCCUCGUCGCUGCCUGCUCCUGUCGAGUCGUGGAGAGUCCUACCGUCGAGCCCCAGUGUGGCAUCAUCCGGAUCCGCCAGCCCCCCCAUGUGGGCAAGCAUGGGUGUCAGCGAGGUGCAAAUGCCCUCACCUACACCUGCUUAUAGCACGCCGUCCUACAGCACGCCUUUCUCCUCGGCCGGCUACUACUACGGCUCUACGCUCGUCUCCGCCCCCCUUCCGCUACCCAGCAUGCUUGCUCCUCAUUGCGGAGUUAGCAUGGGAUUUAACAACUUCGGUUGGGAUCGCUAUCAGGAGUACACCACGACAAUGUGA